CGUCAACUGACAAACACGUGUGUUUGACAUAACCUAAAACUUAACCUACAAUUUCAAUUAUAAAUAACAUUAAAUAAUAGUAAUAAAUGUCGCAAGGAAGUAAAAUAUUCCAACCAUGUCGUGGUUUAGGAUACGUGAGUAAUCAAAUCCCUUUACAAGUACGAUACAUAAAAAGUCGAAAAGAAAAUUUGGUUGUUACAUGUGUUGGAAAAUCAUUUCAUACAUACACCAUUUCCCACUUCGCAUUAUUGACAGUAAGUGGUCUUCACCCCAAUGAUAUAAUAUGUAUGGCAGCGGAUGCUUAUCAUGUAUACACGGCUUGUGAUAAUAUCAUUUACGCUUGGAGAAGAGGUACUGAGUUAAAACAUACUUAUAAAGUUGAUAAGAAGAAACCUGUUGCGUUUAUGUUACCAUUUGGAGCUCAUUUAAUAUCAGUCGAUGAAAACAGUCAUGUUAUUGUGUGGGAUAUUAAAGAUGAAACUGUGUUUUCCGAGCUAAUAUUUAAUAACGAAACGUUUCGAAUAUCAUCUAUUUGUCAUCCUGCAACUUAUAUCAAUAAAAUUUUAUUUGGAAGUGAACAGGGAUCAAUGCAAUUAUGGAAUAUAAACACAUCAAAACUUAUUUAUACAUUUAAAGGAUGGGAUUGUGGUAUUUCUUGUUUAGAACAAUCUCCAGCUAUUGAUGUCAUUGCAAUCGGGUUAUUUAACGGCAAGAUAAUUUUGCACAAUUUAAAAUUUGAUAAAACUGUUAUGGAGUUUUCACAAGAUUGGGGCCUUGUAACUUCAAUUUCUUUCCGUUCAGACAAUCACCCAAUUAUGGCAACAGGUAGCGUAUGUGGUCACAUCGUAUUUUGGAAUUUAGAAGAACGAAAAGUGGCCUCCCAAUUAUUAAACGCGCACGAUGGUGCCGUAACCGGUAUGAAUUGCUUACCAAACGAACCUUUAAUGGUCACUUCAUCACCCGAUAAUACCUUAAAGUUAUGGAUUUUUGAUUUAACGGAUGGCGGAGCUAGGUUAUUACGAAUAAGAGAAGGACAUUCAGCAACUCCUUCAUUUAUUAGAUAUCACGGCGCGAAUGGAAAUAACAUUUUGAGUUGUGCUGGCGAUUCCACUUUGAGAGUUUUUAAUACACAGACGGAAAUGUUUAAUAAAAGUUUAGGUACUGCUUCGUAUAAUAGAAAAAUUAGUAAGAAAAGGGGACGUGGUGUUGAAGAUCCCUUAAAAAUGCCACCUAUUAUUGAGUUCACAACGGAAACUACGCGAGAAAAGGAAUGGGAUAAUAUUGCAGCAAUUCAUUUAGGUAUUCCAAUGGUAACAACUUGGUCUUACGAUAAAUCAAAAAUGGGCGAUUUAAAACUAUUACCAGAACGUCUCCAUAAGAAAAAAAUUAAAGAUUUCACCACAAAUGUCGUCGCAACAUCAUUAAAAUUAACCCAUUGCGGUAAUUUUGUUUUGAUCGGUUAUAGUAGUGGACACGUGGAUCGCUUUAACAUCCAAUCGGGAUUAUGGAGGGACUCCUAUGGGAAACCUCAAGCUCACGAAGGCCCUGUACGAGGAAUAUCAGUCGACAAUUUGAAUCAAAUCGUGACGAGUGGUGGUGGUAGCGAUUCAUUAAUUAAAUUUUGGACAUUUAAAUGUCAAAAUAAACAAGCUUUAAGAACGUUAAAACUAUCCAGUCCUAUAAGUUUCUUUCGAACGCAUGAUGAAAGCUCGAUGUUGGCAGUUGUGACAGAAGAUUUUAAUAUAGUUAUAAUUGAUUUAGACACAAAGGUGAUUAUAAGAAAGUUUUUUGGGCAUAAAGCUCAAAUAACGGAUGCCGCUUUUAAUCCGAAUUCGCGUUGGUUGGUGACUGCAUCAAUGGAUUGUGUAAUUAAAACUUGGGAUAUUCCUUCGUCCCAAUUAAUUGACCAUUUUAAAAUUGAUUCACCAUGCAUUUCUUUAACAAUAUCACCUACCGGGGAUGGUUUGGCAACGGCCCAUGUUGAUUAUUUAGGAAUAUUUUUAUGGAGUAAUAAGUCGUUGUAUUCAAGAGUUAAUUUUAAAGCUUUAUCAGAAGAUGAUGAACCAAAUUUAGUUGAGUUACCCCAAGUACAACGCGAUGAUCUAAACGAAGUUAAAGAUGAAAUAAUAGAAGAGGAUACAGAUGAAUUUAAAUCACCAGAGCAAAUAAAUAAAGAAUUAAUAACACUAUCUGGUUUGCCUACAUCAAGGUGGCAAAACUUAUUAAAUUUGGACGUUAUCAAGAAACGAAAUAAACCAAAAGAACCAGUAAAAGCUCCUAAAGCCGCUCCAUUUUUCUUACCAACUAUACCCUCGUUAACUUUUCAAUUUGAUCUGACAAAUAUGGAACAAGAAAAAAGUAAAAUGCUUAUUCCAGAUAACCUACUAGAAUUAUCAGAAUUUGGAAAAUUAUUAGAAACUACGAUAAAAACAAACGAUUUUUCAGAAAUAAUCUCAAAAUUAAAAUCGUUAGGUCCUAGCAUGAUCGAUUUCGAAAUAAGAUCUUUAAACACCGAAUCUGGCGGUUCCGCCACCGUUAUGUUACAAUUUUUUAAAUGCAUAGAACACAUGUUGAGAUCUAAUCAAGAUUUUGAGUUAGCUCAAGCGUAUUUGAACGUUUUUUUAAAAAAUCAUGGCAAUUUUAUUGCUACCGAAGAUGUUUUAAGAAAUUAUUUACCUAAUAUACAAAGUUGUUUAUCUAUUGGUUGGCAUAGAAUCCAAGAAAAAUUGUUUUAUUGUUCUACAAUUAUAGAAAGCUUAAAAACGAUGUAAUGACAAUAAAAAAAUAAUAAGUUUU